GUGAAAUUUUUACCCAUGUCUUAUUCGGUAGGGAAAAUUUAUGUGGCCUAUUGAGAAAGCAAAAGUUGUGAGAGCAAUUUGGGAGACUACGUGCAAGGAACGGUUGCGUGGUAUGUUGGAAGAAGAAAGGAAGCGGGCAAUGAGACAUUUUGGUGUUAGUGAAAUUUCAAAGUGCAAAGGUUACAAUGUAGGUUGGAUUCGAUUGGACAUUUGGGAUCGAUUGGUUAGUGAUGUGUGGACUACGGAUGCAUGGAAAAAUCGAUCAAUUAAUGGCAAGCGAAAUAGGAUGAUUGAGAAAGAUGGAAGCAUCACCAAGCAUACCGGUGGAUCGAUCCCUUUUAUGGUUCAUGCGGAGAGGAUGGAAAAACAACUAAACCGAAAACCAACCUAUGGAGAAUUGUUCAACCGCACCCACAAACGUGAGAAAGGUCAAGGUGAUUUUGUUGAUCAUAAGUCCAAGAAUGUCUGUGAAUCUUAUACUUCUUCAAUGAGUCAAAAGUAUGGUCCUGAUGAAGCCAAUCAUCCUGAGUUUGACCCAGAAGUUUGGUGUGAUGCAAUUGGAGGGCAAGGUACUACACGCACUCAUUUCUAUGGGUUUGGAAUCACGCCACGUGGUAAGAAUUUCAUAUCUACUUCCAUCAAUGCUGGAGAUGCAUCAUACUCGGCUUGUAGUCGUCCGAAUCAUGAACGUGAACAAACUCCAAUUGAAAUUGACAAUUUACGUGAAGAAGUGACUCUUGUGAAAGACAGAAUGAUCAACUUGGAGGAUAAAGUAGAGAAGCAAGCGAGCGAUACGGCGGAUAUCAAGAAGUAUCUUGAACAAAUGAUGGAUAUGUUUAAUCCUGCGCGUAUGUUUACAAAUGCUUCAGUAGGACCUUCUCAGCCUACCUCGCAGGAUAAAGACACUGGUGGAUCACCACUUUGAAUAUUAAACAGAUUAAUAUAUGCUAUACAUAUGGUACUGUUUCUUUUUUAUGUUUAGUACUUGUUAAGACUUGUUAAUUAUCAGUGAUGUAUGUACACUAAGUAUGGUACGGGAAAUUAUUUACAUGU